AUGAAAUCCCAUUUUUUCAUUUCUCUUCUAUUUAUUCGCUUAUCUCUUAAUGUGUUCUUUCUUUCUUUCUUUCUUUCUUUCUUUCUUUCUUUCUUUCUUUCUUUCUUUCCCACAUCUAAAUUGCUUUCUUUUUUACUUUCUUUUCGACUAUUCUUUUUCCUUCUUGAUUUCAAUUUUUCUUUCUUUCUUUUUUUCCUAUUUUCUACUUCUCUAUUUCUCUGUUUCUCUUUCUGUUCGACCGUUCAUCUUUCUUUCUUUCUUUCUUUCUUUCUUUUUUAUUUUCUAUUUUUUAUUUCUCUUUCUUUGUUUCUCUGUCGCCUCAAUCGUUCUUUCUUUCUUUUUCAUUUUCUCUUCGACCGUUCUUUCUUUUACUCCCACUUUUCUUUCAUUCUUUCUUUCAUUGUUUUCUUAUUUUCUGCUUCACUCUCUGUGUUUCUCUUUCUCCUCGACCUUUCUUUCUUUCUUUAUUUUUCUAUUUUCCAAUUUUCUAUUUAUCUCCCUAUAUUUCUCUUUCCCCGCUCUCUCCUUUUCUUCUUUCUCUUUCUCUCAUUUUUGAUGUAUUAUUGCCCAACGCCCUCUCUCUCUCUCUUUCUCUCUCUCUCUCCUUCAUCAAGUGGACAUAUUUUCUUCUUCUUCUUCUUCUUUUUCUUCUUCUUCUUCUUCUUGUCUUCAUUUUCUUGGCUGUCUUCUUUUUUUCUUUGUUGUCUUCGUUUUCUUUGUUUUCAUCUCCAUCUUCUUCAUCAUCAUCAUCUUCUUCUUCUUCUUCUUCUUCUUCUUCUCCUCCUCCUCCUCCUCUUCUUCGUCUUCGUCUUCUCCUUCUCCUCCUCCUCCUCCUCACCCUCUUCUUCUUCUUCUUCUUCUACUACUCUUUUUUUCCCGAUUCUUAUUACUCUUCCCUUCUCCUGCUCGUACCCGGCGUCGCCGCCGUCAUCGUCAUUGUCGUCGACUUCUCCUUUUUCUUCUUCUUCUUCUUCUUCUUCUUCUUCUUCUUAUUAUUAUUAUUAUUAUUAUUCCAUUCUCGUGUACCUCCUCACUCUAUUCUUCUUCUUCUUCUUCUUCUUCUUCUUCUUCUUCUCUUCCUGCUCUUGUUCACACGCUUCUUAUUAUUCUUCCCUUCUCGUGCACCUCCUCCCUGUAUACUUCUUCUUCUUCUUCUUCUUCUUCUUCUUCUUCUUCUUCUUCUUCUUCUUCUUCUUCACAUAA